AUGCCACGGAAAGAGCCAUACGCUGCGGCCCGCGCCCGCGCCGAGGCUGCGCACGACAUCCCCGCCGCCGAGGCCGAGCAAGCGCGCCUCGCCGCGCUCGUCCAUAUACCCCCGGACGACGAGCCCUCGACCUUCCCCCGCACCAUCGCCGGCCUGGACAUCUCAUACGACAAGACCUCUGAGCGCGCCAUCGUCGCCGCCGUGCUCGUCUCUACGGAACCGCUUACGAUAAUCGACAGCGCACUCCUCUCCGGAACCCAGAUGUUCCCGUAUGUCCCCGGCCUCCUCGCGUUCCGUGAGGUACCCCUCCUCCUCGCGGCCCUCGAGAAGCUGUACGCGCAGACGGGUGUGCAGCCAGACAUGUUGCUGUGUGACGGGCAAGGGCUCGCGCACCCCGCGCGCUGUGGCCUUGCGUCUCAUAUUGGCGUGCUCACCGGCAUUCCCAGCAUUGGGUGUGCCAAGUCGCACUAUAUUGGCGAGUAUGACGAGCCGGGGCCCGCGCGUGGGGAGCGUAGUGAGAUGCGCGAUGCGGGCGAGGUCGUGGGACAUGUGCUCCGCACUCAGGAUGGGGUGAAGCCCGUGUUCGUGAGCCCGGGACAUGGCGUGAGCCGCCACGAGGCGUGUGAGGUCGUGCUCCGACUCUGUAGGAAGUAUCGCGUGCCCGACCCCGUGCGGUAUGCGGAUCAGGUGUCGAGGAAGAUGCUCCGGGAGACGAAG